GUUAGCGCUUUCUCCCGAGAGGACGCAGCGAGUUCACGCGGCGUUUGAACCGGAAGCGGGGAAAGCUGCGGGGAUAACGGAGUGUGGAAGCUGUGGCAGCCGGAGGUGGCGAGAGGAGCUGGGGGAUCCGUGCUGCAAGCCGCCGCCGGCACUGCCUGGGCCAUCAGAGUCUAGCGAUAGUAAUGUGUGUUCUGAAACUCUGAGCCAUGAGUCUAGCACUUAAUGAUCUGCUUAUUUGCUGCCGUCAUCUCGAACAUGAUAGAGCUACAGAACGAAGGAAAGAAGUUGAGAAAUUUAAACGCUUGAUUCGGGAUCCAGAAACAGUUCAACAGUUAGAUCGGCAUUCAGAUUCGAAACAAGGAAAAUAUUUAAAUUGGGAUGCUGUUUUUAGAUUUUUACAGAAAUAUAUUCAGAAAGAAACAGAAUGUCUGAAAACAGCAAAACCAAAUGUAUCAGCCUCAACACAAGCAUCCAGGCAAAAAAAGAUGCAAGAAAUCAGUAGUUUGGUCAAGUACUUCAUCAAAUGUGCAAAUAAAAGAGCACCCAGGUUAAAAUGUCAAGAACUUUUGAAUUAUAUCAUGGAAACAGUGAAAGAUUCAUCUAAUGGUGGCAUUUAUGGAGCUGAUUGUAGCAAUAUAUUACUGAAAGACAUUCUUUCAGUGAGAAAAUACUGGUGUGAAAUACCACAGCAGCAGUGGCUAGAAUUAUUCUCUGUGUACCUCAGGCUGUAUCUGAAACCUUCACAGGACAUUAAUAGAGUUUUGGUGGCAAGAAUAAUUCAUGCUGUGACCAAAGGAUGCUGUUUGCAAACUGAUGGAUUAAAUUCCAAAUUUUUGGAUUUUUUUUCCAAGGCUAUUCAAUAUGCAAGACAAGAGAAGAGUUCUGCAGGUUUAAAUCAUAUCUUAGCAGCCCUUAUUAUCUUUCUGAAGACUUUAGCCGUCAAUUGUCGAAUUCGAGCUUGUGAAUUAGGAGAUGAAAUUCUUCCUACUUUGCUUUAUAUUUGGGCUCAACAUAGACUUAAUGAUUCUUUAAAAGAAGUAAUUAUUGAAUUGUUUCAACUGCAAGUUUCUAUCCAUCAUCCGAAAGGAGCCAAAACCGAAGACAAAGGUGCUUACAAAUCAGCAAAAUGGCAAAGUAUCCUAUAUAACUUAUAUGAUUUGAUAGUGAAUGAAAUAAGUUAUAUAGGGAGUAGAGGAAAAUAUAGUUCAGGAUCUCGAAACAUUGCUGUCAAGGAAAAUUUGAUUGAAUUGAUGGCUGAUAUUUGUCACCAGGUGUUUAAUGAAGAUAACAGAACUUUGGAAAUUUCUCAGUCUUACACUACUACACAAAGUGAAUCUAGUGAAUACAGUACACCUUGCAAAAGGAGAAAAAUAGAACUAGGCUGGGAAGUAAUAAAGGAUCAUCUUCAGAAGUCACAGAAUGAUUUUGAUCUUGUGCCUUGGCUACAAAUUACAACCCAAUUAAUAUCAAAAUACCCUGCAAGUUUACCUAAUCAUGAUCUGUCUUCAUUACUAAUGAUACUCUACCAGCUUCUUCCUCAACGGCGACGUGGGGAACGCACACCAUAUGUGUUACGAUGUCUUACGGAAGUUGCAUUGUGUCAAGGCAAGAAAUCAGACUUAGAAAGCUCACAGAAAUCAGAUUUAUUGAAACUCUGGAUUAAAAUUUGGACCAUUGCCUUCCGUGGUAUAAGUUCUGAACAAGUCCAAGCCGAAAAUUUUGGCCUAUUGGGAGCCAUAAUUCAAGGUAGUUUAGUUGAGGUUGACAGAGAAUUCUGGAAGUUAUUUACUGGGUCAGCCUGCAGACCUUCAUGUUCUACUGUAUGCUGUUUGGCUUUGGCAAUGUCUAGCUGCAUUGUUCCUGAAACGGUAAAAACAGGAAUAGAGUUAAAUAUAUGUGAAGUAAACAGAAGUUUUUCUUUAAAGGAAUUGAUAAUGAAAUGGCUCUUAUUUUAUCAAUUAGAAGAUGACUUAGAAGACAGUAUAGAAUUGCCCCCUAUUCUUCACAGUAAUUUUCCUCAUUGUAUACUGGAAAAAAUUCUGGUGAGUCUCACUAUGAAAAACUCUAAAGCUGCAAUGAAGUUUUUCCAAAGUGGACAAGAAUGUGAACACCAAAAAGUUAAAGAAGAGCCUUCAUUCUCCGAAAUAGAAGAACUGUUUCUUCAGACAACUUUUGACAAGAUGGAUUUUUUAACUGUUGUAAAAGAAUGUGCGACAGAAAAGCUUCAAUCCAGUAUUGGAUUUUCUGUUCACCAGAAUCUCAAGCAAUCACUGAACCGCUAUCUUCUGGGAUUAUCAGAACAACUUCUAAAUAAUUAUUCAUCUGAGAUUACAAAUUUAGAAACACUCGUCCGGUGUUCAAGUCUUUUGGUGGGAGUUCUCGGCUGCUAUUCUUCUAUGGGUAUAAUAGCUGAAGAGGAAGCAUGUAAAUCAGAAUUGUUCCAGAAAGCCAAGUCUUUAAUGCAGUGUGCAGGAGAAAGCAUAACUCUGUUUAAAAAUAAGACAUAUGAGGAAUCUAGAAUUGGUCCCCUGAGAAAUAUGAUGCAUCUAUGUACAAGUUGCUUAUGUAACUGUACCAAGCAGAAUCCAAAUAAGAUUACAUCUGGCUUUUUCCUACGAUUGUUAACAUCAAAGCUAAUGAAUGACAUUGCAGAUAUUUGUAAAAGUCUAGCAACCUUAAUAAAAAAGCCAUUUGACUGUGGAGAAAUAGAAUCAAUGGAAGAUGAUACUACUGAAAAUCUAAUGGAGGUGGAGGAUCAGUCAUCCAUGAAUCUCUUUAAUGAUCACUCUGCUAAUAGUGAGAGUGAUGCAAAUGAAUUUGCAGAGAGCCAAAAUACUAUUGGUGCCUCUAAUCCAUUAGCUGAAGAAUAUCUGUCAAAGCAUGAUCUCCUUCUUUUAGACAUGGUCAAGUUCUUGUGUAUGUGUGUAACUACUUCUCAAACCAGUACUGUGUCAUUUAGAGCGGCUGAUAUUCGGAGAAAAUUGUUGAUGCUAGUUGAUUCUAGCAUAUUAGACCCUACUAAAUCUGUCCACCUACACAUGUAUUUAGUGCUUUUAAAGGAGCUUCCCAGAGGAGAGUAUCCCUUGCCAAUGGAAGAUGUUGUUGAACUUCUGAAACCACUAUCCAAUGUGUGUUCUCUGUAUCGUCGUGACCAAGAUGUUUGUAAAACAGUUUUAAACCAUGUCCUUCCUGUAGUGACAAACCUAGGUCAAGGCAAUUUGGAUGCUGAGAACACAAGAGAUGCUCAAGGACAAUUCCUUACUGUGAUUGGAGCGUUUUGGCAUCUAACAAGGGAGAGGAAAUGCACAUUCUCUGUAAGAGUGGCACUAGUACAGUGCCUGAAAACUUUGCUUGAGGCUGAUCCUUAUUCAAAAUGGGCUAUUCUUAAUGUAAUGGGUAAAGAUUUUCCUGUAAAUGAAGUGUUUCCACAGUUCCUUGCUGAUGAUCAUCACCAAGUUCGCAUGUUGGCUGCAGAGUCAAUCAAUAGAUUAUUCCAAGAUAUGAAACAAGGAGAUUGUCCCAGACUGUGGAAAGCACUUCCUUUGAAGCUUCAACAGACAGCUUUUGAGAAUGCAUGCUUGAAAACUCAGGAAGGAAUGAGAGAAGUGUCCCACAGUGCUGAGAACCCUGAAAUUUUGGAUGAGACUUAUAAUAGAAAAUCUGUUUUAUUGAUGAUGAUAGCUGUGGUUUUAUACUGUAGCCCUGUCUGUGAAAAACAGGCUUUGUUUGCACUUUGCAAAUCUGUAAAGGAGAAUGGAUUAGAACCUCACCUUGUGAAAAAGGUUUUGGAGAAAGUUUCUGAAGCUUUUGGAUAUAGAAAUUUAGAAGACUUCAUGGCUUCUCAUUUAGAUUAUUUGGUUUUAGAAUGGCUUAAUUGUCAAAAUACUGAAUACAGAUUAUCUUCCUUUCCUUAUAUUUUAUUAAACUACAAAAAUGUUGAGGAUUUUUAUAGAUCUUGUUAUAAAAUAUUGAUUCCACAUCUGGUGAUUAGAAGUCAUUUUGAUGAGGUGAAAGCCAUUGCUAAUCAGAUUCAAGAAGAUUGGAAAAGUCUUCUAGUAGACUGCUUUCCAAAGAUUCUUGUAAAUAUUCUUCCUUAUUUUGCCUAUGAGGAUGCAAAAGACAGUGGGAUGGCACAGCAAAGAGAGAUUGCUUCCAAAGUUUAUGAUAUGCUUAAAAGUGAGAACUUAUUAGGAAAACAGAUUGAUCAUCUGUUUAUUAGCAAUUUACCAGAGAUUGUGGUAGAGUUAUUAAUGACAUUACAUGAACCAGCAAAUUCUGAUACCAGCCAAAGCACUGACCUCUCUGAUUUUUCAGGGGAUUUGGAUCCUGCUCCGAAUCCACCUCAUUUUCCAUCACAUGUGAUUAAAGCAACAUUUGCCUAUAUCAGCAACUGUCAUAAAACCAAACUUAAGAGCAUUUUAGAAAUUCUCUCUAAAAGCCCUGAUUCUUAUCAGAAAAUUCUUCUGGCUAUAUGUGAGCAAGCAGCAGAGACAAAUAAUGUUUAUAGAAGGCACAGAAUUCUUAAAAUAUAUCAUCUCUUUGUUAGUUUAUUACUGAAAGAUAUAAAAAGUGGCUUGGGAGGAGCAUGGGCCUUUGUUCUUCGAGAUGUUAUUUAUACUUUGAUUCAUUAUAUUAACAAACGGCCUUCUCGUUUCAUGGAUGUGUCAUUACGUAGCUUCUCCCUUUGUUGUGACCUAUUAAGUCGGGUUUGCCAGACAGCAGUGACUCACUGUAAGGAUGCUUUAGAAAACCAUCUUCAUGUUAUUGUUGGUACACUGAUACCCCUUGUGCAUGAUCAAGUGGAGGUUCAGGAACAGGUAUUGGACUUGUUGAAAUACCUAGUAAUAGAUAACAAGGAUAAUGAAAACCUUUAUAUCACGAUUAAACUUCUAGACCCUUUUCCUGACCAUGUUGUUUUUAAGGAUCUACGUAUUACUCAGCAAAAAAUCAAGUACUGUAGAGGAUCUUUUUCACUCUUGGAGGAGAUUAAUCAUUUUCUGUCAGUAAGUGUUUAUGAUGCACUUCCAUUGACAAGGCUUGAAGGACUGAAGGAUCUUCAGAGACAGCUGGCACAGCAUAAAGAUCAGAUGAUGGAUCUUAUGAGAGCCUCUCAGGAUAACCCAAAAGAUGGCAUUAUGGUGAAGCUGGUUAUCACCUUGUUGCAUUUAUCCAAGACGGCUGUAAACCACACUGGUGAAAGAGAAGUUUUAGAAGCUGUUGGAAGCUGCUUAGGAGAACUGGGCCCUAUAGAUUUCUCCACCAUUGCUAUACAGCAUAAUAAAGAUACAUCUUAUACUAAGGCCUUUGAAUUAUUUGAAGAUAAAGAACUUUGUUGGACCUUAAUAAUACUGACCUACCUGAAUAAUACACUGGUAGAAGACUGUGUCAGAGUUCGAUCAGCUGCUGCUACCUGUUUGAAAAAUAUUUUAGCCACAAAAACUGGACAUAGUUUCUGGGAGGUUUAUAAGAUGUCAACUGACCCCAUGCUGAUCUAUUUACAACCUUUCAGGACAUCGAGAAAAAAGUUUUUAGAAGUUCCCAGACCAGACAAAGAAAGCCCUUUAGAAAGCUUGGAUGAUACAAGCCUAUGGAUUCCUCAAAGUGAAAAUCAUGACAUUUGGAUAAAGACACUAACGUGUGCUCUAUUGGACAGUGGGGGCAUAAAAAGUGAAAUUCUACAAUUAUUAAAACCAAUGUGUGAAGUAAAAACUGACUUUUGUCAGACUGUGCUUCCUUACUUGAUUCAUGAUAUUUUACUCCAAGAUACAAAUGAGUCAUGGAGAAAUCUGCUUUCUGCACAUAUUCAGGGAUUUUUCACCAGCUGUUUUAGACACAACUCACAAACCAGCCGAUCCACAACACCUGCAAAUUUGGAUUCAGAUUCAGAGCAUUUUUUCCGAUGUUGUGUGGAUAAAAAAUCCCAAAGAACAAUGCUUGCUGUUGUAGACUAUAUGAGAAGACAAAAGAGACCCUCUAUAGGAACAGUUUUUGAUGAUGCUUUCUGGCUGGAUUUUAAUUAUCUAGAGGUUGCCAAGGUAGCGCAGUCUUGUGCUGCUCACUUUACAGCACUACUGUAUGCGGAAAUCUAUGCAGAUAAGAAAAGCCUGGAUGAUCAAGAGAAAAGAAGUCUUACAUUUGAAGAAGGAAGCCAAAAUACAGCUAUUUCUAGUUUGAGUGAAAAAAGUAGAGAAGAAACUGGAAUCAGUUUACAGGACCUUCUCUUAGAAAUCUACAGAAGUAUAGGGGAGCCAGAUAGUCUUUAUGGCUGUGGUGGAGGGAAAAUGUUACAACCACUCACCAGACUGAGAACAUAUGAACAUGAAGCAGUGUGGGAUAAAGCCCUGGUAACGUAUGAUCUUGAGACAGCAAUAUGCCCAUCAACCCGCCAGGCAGGAAUAAUUCAGGCCUUGCAGAACUUGGGACUGUGCCAUAUUCUUUCGGUGUAUUUAAAAGGUUUAGAUCAUGAAAAUGUGGAGUGUUGUACUGAACUACAGGAACUUCAUUACCAAGCAGCAUGGAGGAAUAUGCAGUGGGACCAUUGUACUUCUGUCAACAAAGGAAUAGAAGGAACCAGUUACCAUGAAUCAUUGUACAAUGCUCUGCAAUCUCUGAGAGACAGAGUCUCUACAUUUUUUGAAAGUCUAAAAUAUGCCAGAGUAAAAGAAGUGGAAGAAUUGUGUAAAGGCAGCCUUGAGUCUGUGUAUUCACUCUACCCCACACUUAGCAGAUUGCAGGCCAUUGGAGAACUAGAAAACAUUGGGGAGCUUUUCUCAAGAUCAGUCAUGGAUAAACAGUUCUCUGAAGUGUACGUUAAAUGGCAGAAACACUCCCAGCUUCUCAAGGACAGUGAUUUUAAUUUUCAGGAGCCUAUCAUGGCUCUACGCACAGUCAUUCUUGAGAUCCUGAUGGAAAAAGAAAUGAAUAGCUCCCAACGAGAGUGUUUUAAGGACAUUCUCACCAAGCACCUUACAGAAUUCUCUAUACUGGCCCGGACUUUCAAGAACACUCAGCUCCCUGAAAGGGCAGUAUUUCAAAUUAAACAGUAUAAUUCAGUGAGUCAUGAAGUCUCUGAAUGGCAGCUGGAGGAAGCACAAGUGUUCUGGGCAAAAAAAGAACAAAGUCUUGCCCUGAGUAUUCUCAAGCAAAUGAUCAAGAAGUUGGACACCAGCUGUAGAGAGAAUGAUUCCAGGCUAAAGCUUAUACACACAGAAUGUCUGAGAGUUUGUGGUAACUGGUUAGCAGAAACUUGCUUAGAAAAUCCUACAGUCAUCAUGCAGACCUAUCUAGAAAAGGCAGUAGAAGUUGCUGGAAGUUGUGAUGGAGAAAAUAAUGAUGAGCUCAGAAAUGGGAAAAUGAAGGCAUUUCUCUCAUUAGCACGGUUCUCAGAUACUCAGUACCAGAGAAUUGAAAACUACAUGAAAUCAUCAGAAUUUGAAAACAAGCAAGCCCUCCUAAAAAGGGCCAAAGAGGAAGUGGGCCUUCUGAGGGAACAUAAGAUUCAGACUAACAGAUACACAGUAAAGGUUCAGCGAGAGCUGGAGUUGGAUGAAUGUGCACUUCGUGCACUGAAAGAGGAUCGCAAACGCUUCCUAUGUAAAGCAGUUGAAAAUUACAUCAACUGCUUAUUAAGUGGAGAAGAACAUGAUAUGUGGGUUUUUCGACUUUGUUCUCUCUGGCUUGAAAAUUCUGGAGUUCCUGAAGUCAAUGGCAUGAUGAAGGGACCUGGAAUGAAGAUUCUAUCAUACAAAUUUCUGCCUCUAAUGUACCAACUGGCUGCUAGAAUGGGAACCAAAAUGAUGGGAGGAGUGGGAUUUCAUGAAGUCCUCAGUAAUCUCAUCUCUAGAGUUUCAAUGGAUCACCCCCAUCAUACUUUAUUUAUUAUAUUGGCUUUAGCAAAUGCAAACAAAGAUGAAUUUUUGACCAAACCAGAAGCAGCAAGGAGGAGUAGAAUAACUAAAAAUGCACCUAAACAAAGCUCUCAGCUUGAUGAGGAUAGGAUGGAGGCUGCAAACAAUAUAAUAAGUACCAUCAGAAGCAAGAGGCCUCAGAUGGUCCGGAGUGUUGAAGCACUUUGUGAUGCUUAUAUUUUGUUAGCAAACUUGGAUGCCACUCAGUGGAAGACCCAGAGAAAAGGCAUCAUCAUUCCUGCAGACCAGCCAAUUACUAAGCUUAAGAAUUUAGAAGCUGUUGUUGUCCCUACUAUGGAAAUUAAGGUGGAUCCCACAGGAGAAUAUGAAAAUUUGGUGACUAUACAGUCAUUUAAAGCAGAAUUUCGUUUAGCAGGAGGUAUAAACUUACCAAAAAUAAUAGAUUGUGUAGGCUCUGAUGGCAGGGAAAGGAGACAGCUUGUUAAGGGACGUGAUGACCUGAGACAAGAUGCUGUCAUGCAGCAGGUUUUCCAGUUGUGUAAUAUGUUACUGCAAAGAAACACUGAAACUAGGAAGAGGAAGCUGACUAUCUGCACAUAUAAGGUGGUUCCUCUGUCUCAGCGAAGUGGUGUUCUUGAAUGGUGCACAGGAACUGUCCCUAUUGGUGAAUUUCUUAUUGACAGUGAAGGUGGUGCUCAUAAAAGAUACAGGCCAACAGAUUUCAGUUCCUUUCAAUGCCAAAAGAAAAUGAUGGAAAUACAAAAGAAGUCUUUUGAAGAGAAAUACAAAACCUUCAUGAAUAUCUGCCAACAUUUUCAACCAGUUUUCCGUUACUUCUGCAUGGAAAAAUUCUUGGAUCCAGCUGUUUGGUUUGAGAAACGAUUGGCUUAUACUCGCAGUGUGGCCACUUCUUCUAUUGUUGGGUACAUACUUGGUCUUGGUGAUAGACAUAUACAGAAUAUCUUGAUAAAUGAGCAGUCAGCAGAACUUGUACAUAUAGAUUUAGGGGUUGCGUUUGAACAGGGUAAAAUACUUCCUACUCCUGAAACAGUUCCCUUUAGACUCACCAGAGAUAUUGUGGAUGGCAUGGGCAUUACUGGUGUUGAAGGUGUUUUCAGAAGAUGCUGUGAGAAAACAAUGGAAGUAAUGAGAAAUUCUCAGGAAACUCUGUUAACCAUUGUGGAGGUCCUGCUGUAUGAUCCACUCUUUGACUGGACCAUGAAUCCUUUGAAAGCUUUGUAUUUACAACAGAGGCCCGAAGAUGAAACUGAGUUCCAGUCCACUCCCAAUACAGAUGACCAAGAAUGCAAACGAAAUCUGAGUGACAUUGACCAAAGUUUGAACAAAGUGGCUGAACGUGUCUUGAUGAGACUUCAGGAGAAACUGAAAGGAGUGGAGGAAGGCACUGUGCUCAGUGUGAGUGGACAGGUGAAUUUGCUUAUCCAGCAGGCCAUGGACCCCAAAAAUCUCAGCCGGCUUUUCCCAGGUUGGAAAGCUUGGGUGUGACUGACCUUCAGAUUAUGAAUUAUCCUGGCAUUCAACUUGUAGAAGUCAUAUUUGGACUUUAUUUUUAGUCUGCCCACAGAAUUUGCAUAAGGAUACGUAUUUUUAAAUGAACAUUUUUGCAGUGUUUAUUUUAAUCCUUGAUUCAAAGACCAUCCAAAGAUGGUUAGCUUGUCCCAAGUAAUCUCUCUACUGCUAUAUGGCAGAUACUAUUGUUCUGCCUUCAUGCUUUACUGGUAAGCUAAACACUUGUUUCUUCUCAAGUAUGUAUUUGUAUCCUUUACAGUCGAAUCAUUGACAUUUGCAUUAGUUUGAAAGCAAUGGAAGUGAGAGUGACAGUUUCUCCUUUAGUAUAAAUUAGAACAAGUGUAUAUGCUGUAACUGUGAGGUCCAUUUUGAAACUUGUUCUCCAGAUAUUAUGUAUAAAAACUUAAUUGCCAGUAUAAAAAAGGACUUUAUAUUUGUAACUGUACCAUAGUAAAACUACAUUAAAAACAAUUUGAAAACGGGUCUGUGAAACAGAUUUUCAAUAGUUAGGAAGAUCACCCAGUGUUACUAAAUGCUGGAUUUACAGCUUUCAAAGACACAGUGUCAAUAUUUUUGAAUGUAUAUUGGACUGAACAUAACCUAUUUAAGGUCCUCUAUGGCAGCAGGUUCUUUCUGUGAUGACUUUCUAUAUCUUCUAGAUCAUGAAUUUUCUCAUAAUCGUUUUUUUUAAACUUCAAUUCCUUUUAUGUCACAGAUAUUGUAUAGUUUCAUUAACUCAAAUGUCUGCUGUUUACCUACUUUUGUUAUUCAGUAGGAAUUUUCUUAUGGAAUUUUGAGUGAACUGGAAGAAGAGCAAUGCCUUCCAGAUGAAUUUGAUGUCUGUUUACAUCUUUUUUGAGAGGUAGAGUUACAGACAGAGGGAGGGAGAGACAGAGAAAAAGGUCUUCCAUGCAUUGGUUCACCCCCCAAAUGGCUGCAACGCCAGAGCUGGCUGAUCUGAAGCCAGAAGCCUCUUCUGAGACUUCCAGAUGGCUGCAGGAGCCUAAGCACUUGGACCAUCUUCCACUGCUUUCCCAGGCUGGAAACGGAGAGCUGGAUUGGAAGAGGAGCAUCCAGGAUACAAACUGGUAAUGGAAGACCAAUCUUACUUUAAUUUCUUGGCUUCAGCAUUUUGGUUUCUAGAUGUCAGGAGUAGAGUACUGAGAGAUGACUGUCUUGUGCCAGAGCAGAUGCACUUCACGCAUUAUAUCCCUGUCCUGGUGGACAGCAUAUUUUCUUGAUACCUUUUUCACUAAAGGUAGAACCCUGUGUGUGUCUCUGAGCUUCAUGGUGAGGGAAGAGCAUAUAGUGUCUACACUCUCUGCCUUUGCAAGUUCAGUGUUCUCCAUAUAGAUGCUAAAGCUGAAACUUGCAGGGCAUUGAGAUUGGUAAAUUGUGCCAGGACAGGAACAGCAUCAGCUUAGGUAUUUUCUUCUCUGGUGUUCAGUUAGCUUCAUUUUAGACUCAAAGUACCCCUAACUUUGUAUUUAAGAGAAUGUUUCUUAUACUUUAACAUUUCUGUGUUUUUUUGGUAGGGAACAAUAAGGGGUCUAUUCUGAUACAUAGCUAGAAGUGGAACGCUUUCCUAUCUUCCAUACUAUUAUCUUGGCGUAGAGUAUUCCAAAAAAAAAAAGUUGUUUAUCAAAAUAAACUUUUAAGUCCAUUUUCCAUGAACUUAGUAUAAAUCUAUCCUUCACCCUUAGGUAACUGUAAUGGAUGAACUUGUUCUUUGUUAUAUAAACACAUUUCUUAUGAAGAGUUGGCUUUUUUUUUAUUUUUAACUGUCAGUGGCAAACACUUGUAUCCAAUCUCCACAACUUUCUGGACUAUGAUUAUCUUGGUUUGGUUUCUAAAGAAUCAUUCUAAAAAUUACUUUGCAUUCAAAUGACAAACUUCACUUACCUUCUUAAGCCGCCUAAAUGAAUAGCUUGUAUUAAUUGGUAGUUUUAUUACUGUAGAGAAUCAAGGGAAUGUAAUAAGUUUAGAAUGUAUUUAACAAACCUUGAAACCUUCAUGGAUGAAAUAAGAAAUUAUCACCUAGGUGGUAAGUUCUUGCUGGUUAAUGCAUUCAAAGAGCUUUGGAUGUCAUUCAUUUUCUCUUCAGUCUUAAAUAGAAUAGGAAAGGAGUCUUCCAGCACACUGAUAUUCUUUUCAGUGGAUUUGAAAAAUUCACCAAAAUUGCAGAUAUCAUAAAUGAAUUUCAGAUUAUAAAAGAAGUAACUGAGAAAGCAAUAUUACUGAGAACAAGUGAGGAGUAAUUUGUAAACUGAACACCUGACAUAAAUGAAACAUCUCUAUUCCUUACAACAAAAGUGAUUAACUUUAGUGAUGUUACCCAAUUUAUACCUGGAGGAAGUGAAGUCUGUAGAAAUAAGGAAAUAUGUGAUCAGAACAGAGUAAAUUGCAAGUAAAAUAUGGACAUAAAAAGUAUAUGGACUUAAAAAAAUUCAGGUGAAAAGAAUACAGAUUUCACACAAGGUCAGUGGAAAGUCAGAGAAGCUUCUAGAAAAGCUAAUAAGUUACAUAUUACUUGACUGACAGCCCUCCUACCUUGCUCUGUGCUUGUCAGAGCUCCUGAAAGUACUUAUAUAUAGGUACAUAAGUACAUACUAUCAUGACCAUGGAUUUAAUAGUGUAUGCACUUACACAUGUUUAUGGCCUAAAGCAAAGAGGAAAAGUCUUGGACUUUGUAAAGAAUACAAGGGGCUAGUCUUUUCAAAAUACGGAGAUACAUACUAUUUCAAGUGUUUUGACUAUACCUUAAUGAAAUUGUCAAUUUAUCAUCAUUGAAUGUAUGUUAUUACUACACUGUUAAUCUGUUAAGAACUUUUAUGAAUAAAAAUUCUAAAAGUGUGGUAGGACUCACCUGUUUUAUUGAGUGUUCCUUGGGCCAGGCAUGAGGCUCAUUCCCAAGGAGACAACAGUGAGUGGUCAGGCAUGGUCUGCCUGUGUAGAGUUCACUUUCUGGGUAAGAUAAUGCAGUGUGGGGCUGGCGCCGUGGCAUAGCAGGUAAAGUCGCCGCUUGAACUGGCACCCACAUGGGCUGCUGGCACUGCAAGUCUCAGCUGCUCCAUUUCUGAUCCAGCUCUCUGCUGUAGCCUGGAAAAGCAGUAGAAGAUGGCCCACGUCCUUGGGCCCCGGCACCCACGUGGGAGACCCGGAAGAAGCUCCUGGCUCUUAGCUUCUGAUCAGCACAGCUCUGGCCAUUGCGGCCAGUUGGGGAGUGAACCAGUGGAUAGAAGACCUCUCACUCUGCCUCUCCUCUGUGU